CCUUAGCCGUAUGCCAAUAGCGUGCUAGCCACCCGUCACAAUUCGCGGCAUAUACCCGGGUGGCGACGCCCCCCGCUCGGCAUGCUCCCACAUAGCGGUCCACGCAAGCGCGACCGCGUCGUUGUGGUCAGGAGUACGACCGCGCUCCGCUGCGCGCUUAUCGUGGGGUCGCUCGUGCUAGCCUGCAUGCUCUUCGCUGCUUGGGAGGCUCGAACGAGUGCAGCCAGCACAGCCGCAGCACGCCGCGCCUCGGCCCUCGCGGCCCAUCACAACUCGCUAGCGCUCGUCCGCCGCGCGCUCGAGCUGCAGAUCGAGAUCGAGUCGCAUGAGGCUCGCGGCGGCGAUUUGCUGGCGCUCUACCUCCAGCUCGAUCGAGAGAGGCUGCCCGCACUCGAGGCCGCGGUCGAGGCGGCCCUCGACGGCUGCGACGGCUGCGUUUCGGGGAGACGGAACGUCUCGGCGCUGCUGCACGCAUUCCUCGGAGAGACGCACGCGCGCGCCCAAAAGGCGCUCGACGACAUCGACCGCAGAGGCACGCGCAGCCGCGAGCGCGCUCACCAGCUCGCCUCCGAGGUCGCAGCGAUCGCCCGGGCCGACCGAGAACGGCUUCGGUCUGAGCCGCUUGGUGCGGCCGACAUCGGUUGGGCGGUGGAUGCGGAGCUGCAGGUGCCGCUCCGCGCGCUCGCCGUCGCGCUGCGCAGGCCGAACGCGACGUUUGAGCUCGGUCCUGCCGCGCUGCGCGAGUGGGGCGAGGCGCUCACUGCAGCGAGGCGCGAGGGGAGGCCCACCGCAGCGACCCUCGGGCGGCUGGCCCGCCUCGUCGCCGCCGCGCCGAUCGAUCCGGGCCACCGCGGUCGCGCCGCGGUCCUCUCUGCUGCUCGGGCGGCUGGAGCGUCUGGAGUGGCGGUCGGCGAGGGCGAGGCGGCCGCGGGAGGCGAGGCCGGAGGCGAGGCUGGAGCGGUCCCCGCGUUUGAGUCGCUCCUGCUGCGAGCCCGCUUCCACCCGGAGGCGUCCGGCCUGGAGCGGAUGCUGGCGAGCUGGGAGGAGGGGCGCGGCUCGGUGUGGGACGUCGUGGAGGAGGUCGAGCGGCUGCGCGAGGCGCGCGUGCUGCCGGUCGACAUGCUGCGCCUCCACGAGCACGAGUGGGCGGGGAUGGUGCACGACGCUUCGGGCGGCCGGAUCGGGCGUGGCGACCAUUCCUUCGACGCCGAGGAGGGCUGACGGCCGAAUCUCUCCCGGCAUCGUCCAUCAACGGUUGGUAGGACAGCUCCGCUGCUAUAAGGGGCCGGCGCGCGUUCAGGCGUUGGUUCUCCACGGGAGCUCGCUCGUGAUAACGUCCACGUUAGGGACAUGUAGGUCAUGUGAAUACACUCGGGACGGGGGGCCCACAUCGAGAGUCUGUUACUGAUGAUCACAGAGUGCCCCCCCCGGCUCCGCGCGGCGGUGCGCGGCGGUGCACCACAGAUGUCAGAUCGUGUGUGUUUUACGGCACACGUGUUAGAGAU